AGAAAAAUGAGGUCCCAUCUCUUUUUGUGUAUCGCAAUUGUGUUAGUUGCCUUAGUGGCCUCUCGGUCAAUCCAAGAUGGUGAGUAUUGAAAAAUCUUAAACGAACCCGGCUUUAUAGGUAAUUAAAAAAAUAAAUAAAUAAACGACUAUAUCUGUCACGUAACCUUAAAAUUGUGAACUUUUCUUAAUCAGCAACAAGUUGAUUCUUUUGAAGGGGCUGAGUCAGUUAAGGUCAAGGUAGUUUCGUCCAUCUUGUUACGUUUUGUUACUUCCAAAUUAAUUACAAAUAAAUUAGUAUAACGUUGCAAAUUGCUCUGGAAAACAAUACAAACUAGUCGUCGUUGACUUUUAUAAAAUUUAUUUUUCUUAGUGUAUGGGCAGUUGUUUUUGUUACUUUGUAAUAAAGAGAUCUUGUUAUUAUUUUAAAGCUAAUAGGCGACAAAUUGGAGCCGGUACCUGCAAUUUUAAAUGUUACAAAAAUGUAGAUAAUUUAUUUUUGGAUAAACAUUUUGUGAUAAAAAUGAAAGAUUAAAAGUCAGGACAUUUCGUCCUUGAUUGUCAUCUUUUUAAAAUGCUUUAAAAAAAAUUGUAACCAGCACUAUAUAAACACUAUAUAAACUGAGUGCCGUUUUUAAUUAGCUUUAUUAUCGCUUUGUUUCAUUGUGUUGAUUGUUUUAUGUCCUUCUUUUCAACUUAAAUAAAUAUUUUAUCACUUAUUGUUGACAUUGUUAUCUAUUUUAACAAUUUUUAACUGUUUCUAUUUAUGCAAAGUAUUUCCCACGCACUUGAAAAUUACUUCGGAGAGGUCGAACGCGUGACUUUUUAGCACUUAAACUUUUAUCUCAAAAUAAAAAAAAAAUCAUCUUCACCGUACAUUUUCGUUAUUCACUUUAAAUUCGGUUUAACAAAUAGGCAGGCAUGGACCACAACCUAUAUCAAAAGAGUAACUUCUUUAAAGAUAUAUAAUUAAGUCAAGUUUGUAUUGCUUACCAAUGCUUUUAUAUCACAGAUCACGUUUAAAGGAGAAUCGGAAUGAGCUAUACGCACGCAUAGAAACUUCAACUCCGCGCAAGCUUUGUCUUAUUGGUUGAAUUUUGCAAAGUAACUAUACAUAAUCAGUCAGUUUUGCGCCAUGGCUGUCGUACCAGUAGGUGGGGGAACCGGGUUAAACUGCGGAAAUUGAAGCAACUUAAUAUCCCACGAAGUUAGAAGGAAUGAGAUGUUAAAGUUGGAUCAAUCGCAUUUUUACAUAUUUUUUAGCUCUAUACAACGGCAAUUUUCAACUUAGAUGUGCCCUACAUUAAUGAGGUAAUUACAUCUCACUCGAGAUGGUUACUAAGAUAUCGAUUUCACUAAAGAUUAAGUUAAUGGCAUGUUAGUAUAUGACAAUUCCAAAUCCGAUUCUAAUUUCAAAGCUUAAUAGAGAACUAAACUGCAACAUCAUUCGUAGUGUUUACCUAGUUUUUGUUUUCACAGCUUCAAAGAAGUGUUGUCCUUGUUGUCCUCCCCCACCACCACCACCACCACCACACGUACAACAUAUAGCAGGAGCUCCUGGACCUGCUGGACCACCCGGUGUAGUUGGUUGUACCGGUCCCCCAGGAGCCACUGGUUGCCCCGGUUGGAAAGGAGCCCCUGGACCAGCUGGACCCCCAGGACCACCCGGAAAACCUGCUCUUCCUGGACCACAAGGACCCCCAGGGGCACCAGGAGCACAAGGACCACCCGGCCCAUCAGGAUGCCCUGGUCCAAAAGGAUGCCCCGGAGUCCCUGGUACCCAAGGACUGACUGGACCACCUGGUCCUCCAGGACCCCCUGGACACCCAGGCACCCCAGCGUCUUGCUGCGGUUAGAAACAGAAACCAUAAAUACAAGCUGCUGAAAUGUUUGAAUUUGCGAUUUAGAUAACUUUUUUUUGCGUUUUACAUUUGUGUCAUUUUCUUCGUCUUGGAGAUAUAUGUUGUUUUAAGGAAGCAAAAGAAACAAUAAAUUAGGUAUUAUGAAUCAAAGUGGUUUCAUUUAGUCCGUUCAACUUGUUCCUGGUAGAAUCCUUUUAGUCACCAGGGCAGCAGCUUUGCAAAUUAUUGGAACAAAAGAAAACUUUUCAAAACAAAAAGAUUCAACUCCCACGGGACUGAUUUGGGACACAAACAUGGCCGCUGUUUCGCUUUUUUUGGUAUACCAAUAUGGUGGAAAGGACGUCGUUUGAAAAUGAUCUAUGAGUUUUUUUUACGUAUACUGUAUCUAUAAAGUAGCAGUGCGAUGGGGUCAUAGACAAUGACGAUGAACUAUGACAGUCCUUUUUUCUGGUUCAGCAAUGACUAAUUUAACUGGAAUUUUUUCAGAUGAUUUCCAGCUUGUUACCUGUAAGCAAAUUGUAAUUCCUGCGUAAUUGCGUUCAGCAAUGACUGAUUUAACUGGAACCUUUUAAGAGGAUUUUCAGCUUUUUGCUGUAAGCAAAAUUGUAAUUACUGCGUAUGUAAUUGCGCACAUAGAGAAGUAGUACGCGAGCAUAUCCGGUGAUGGGAUUCUUACGUUCCUUACUGGCUAAAUAAGUAAAAGUAUUGCGUGAUACAGAAUUACCGCUGAGAUUCUUUCCUCACUUCCUUAAGAUUAAUUCGUUUUAAAGGCUCAUUGGCAAGCAGGAAAUACAUUAACAUACAAAUAAGUUGGUUAUGGUACAAGACACAUAAUGUUAAGGGCAAAUGUCCUGCCUCGAGGAAUAUAAUAAUGUCAGUAGUACCUAAACUAUAAGCGUCAAAACACCCUCAGUUCACUAUCUUUCCACUCCGUGUAUUGUUCUACAUCAAAAAUUCCUUUUAAAUUCUACAUCACAUCCCCAUAAAAAAUGUUAAAAACCGUUCGCGCCGGGACCCAACACCAAACCCCUUCCUCAUAGGUUGUACUCAAGGGAAACAGAAAACUUCAACAGCACCUAUCACAAUAUAUAUAUAUAAUUGUUCCCUGUAGUAAUAAUAAUGAUUGCUAAGUUCUACCCGGUCAAAUUUGAUAAAUUAUGUUAACGUAAAUUCUAACCUUUCAUUUAAAGAUGGUCACAAAUGAGCAAAUCCUUGUCAACGCUGUGACACUUGUACUGUUUUUCUGUUAAAUACACCUGUGGAUGAGCAAGGAGUGUUGCUUUCAUAAAAUUGUUAUUUAUUUAAUAAGAGCACUCAGAUAGAAGUAUGGUUAUUGAGCUCACGGCCCUGAACGUUUAGACGAGCUUUUUCUUUUUCUUUUGUUUUGUUCUUGUUUUUUUAACUCGGUAAUAGUAUCCAUACAUGACAAUAUACAGAAAGAAGACCCUAUUGAUACUAUUCUGUGUUUUCACUAUCACGCCAUCAAAAAAUAAAAAUGGAAACCAGUCAACACAUAAAGUCCAGAAUCUGGGAAAUGAAAGAAGAUAAAUAAACAUAAAGCCUCGCUAGGAAUUAGGUCGAUGCGAUAACUCACAAGCGAGAUAUUCGGAAAACGUUUUACCCAAGUUUAUAAGGCUCUCUAUGGAGACGCCAUGAUGGUGUCCUUUUGAGGGGCACAAAUAUGGCCGCCGGAAACCAACAGAAACAUUUGUUUUGGAGUUUUCCUACUUAUGCGUGAAUUCAUCACUUGAAGAACUCAUAAAGAUUAAAGUAAUAUUUAUUCUAAGACAGGGAAUGUUUAGAUAGCAGAUCUCAAAAAACUAGUAACGUUUUUAACCCACAAAAUAGCUUUCCCGGCCGCCAGCUAAAUGCCGCGUCACGCAAAAGCCUAGAAAUUUAAGCGUCUUCUAUCGCAAAACAAGGAGCCCUNAGGAAUUAGGUCGAUGCGAUAACUCACAAGCGAGAUAUUCGGAAAACGUUUUACCCAAGUUUAUAAGGCUCUCUAUGGAGACGCCAUGAUGGUGUCCUUUUGAGGGGCACAAAUAUGGCCGCCGGAAACCAACAGAAACAUUUGUUUUGGAGUUUUCCUACUUAUGCGUGAAUUCAUCACUUGAAGAACUCAUAAAGAUUAAAGUAAUAUUUAUUCUAAGACAGGGAAUGUUUAGAUAGCAGAUCUCAAAAAACUAGUAACGUUUUUAACCCACAAAAUAGCUUUCCCGGCCGCCAGCUAAAUGCCGCGUCACGCAAAAGCCUAGAAAUUUAAGCGUCUUCUAUCGCAAAACAAGGAGCCCUUUGGAACCGAAAAUUUGUGUAAAUAAAGGAUUUUAUAGGUGCUGCAAUACCUCAUGAAAGUAGAAAAGUAGAAGAAUCGAUAGUUUCUUAGUUUGACUUUUGACGACGUCAUGUCAAAACCCCUAGUAUGCUAAUAAAUAGCUAUUUCACCCUGAGAAGAUUCAGGAGAUGACAGUUUGUAACGUGUUGAAUUUUCAUGUUUCACUCAGUUUGGUGAUGGUAUCCAUUGCCUGAGUUUUGAUUCAUUUCGUGACAUAGCUCCUUUGAGGUUGUAGACUCUUGCGAGUUGACUUACAUUAGCUUCACGUAAAUGUUUUGAUGAAUUCACUUCACAGCAUACGAUUCCAAAACUGACGCUCUGGUAUCCUGAGUCCACUCCAGGAGCUCUAAUUUUUAAGUAUAUGGAUAAAAAUUGCUGGCUGACUAUGUUCAUUAACACCUCUUCGGGAGUUAUGUAUCCACUCGGUAAUUCCUAUAUUGCUCGAAGAUUUUAAUAUGAAAAGAAAUUAGCACUGUUUUAAUUUUUUUCUUUUAUGAGUUUUGGUUUUGUGAGGCAAGGCAAGCGUUGGAUCCACCGUUGCACGAACAAAUGGAUGUAAUACUCACAUGUACGACGUUAGCUGCCAGUCAAGAGUCCUAGGGUUUAAUACCCUGAAAGAAAAAUAUCGCAUAAGAUAUACGGUAUAGUUAAAAACACAAUCGAAAUUGUUUUCUUAGGAAUCUGUAAUGAUAAGGAAAAAAAUUCAAGACCCCAAGUUGAAAACCAGCUGCGCCCUGGUAUUUCACACAUUCCAAAUCCACCAGCUAUACCGUGUUCAUUUACCAGCAAACACAUAAAACAAUGAAACGAAACAGACUUUCAUAUACCUCCUCAAAUAAAAACACGAAAAAAACUCCUUUUCUGUCAAAAUAUUCGCUCCAACUUGUUUGCUUAACUUAUCUUUAAUAAAUAAAGCAUGAUUUUGUGCGCACCUGGGAAAAAUCAGACAUUCACUGCUCGGGACUGUGCUGAAACUAGUUGGUUUUCCUGGUUGAGUCGCUUGUUUCUGUCUGUGUAUUAAUUUGUUUCUAUUCUUCUUUUUGAACAGACCGUCUAAUUUUUUAUUGUGAUAGAAAGUACAUUUGGAGCACAUUUUUAUUCGCAGCAUUAUAGCUUAAACGACAUAAUAACAACUAGACAAAAAACAAGACGUUCUGUUAAGAGAAUCCAACUUGUGAUAACACUAAACUGCAGUUUCAGGUUUUAACACCUAAUGCAAGGGUUGCCUCAGUAAGAAACUCCCACGGUUGUCAAAAGAAUAACAUAUGACACCUGCUAUGUCGCCAAACACUUUAAGACAACCAGAGCCCAUUCAAAAGAGAAAUACAAGCACACUGAAAUUGAUUGCAAUGCCGACACCUUGGGCCACACCCGUCAAAAUUAGUCAUAGCUUGUCUGUAUCCUUCUCACCUCUACUGUCAGGGAUAAACUAAAAAAAGAGAAAGAAAGAAAAAAGUUGAAAACUUUAGCUCUGAAUAGAAAAGUCAAAAAAAAAGUAAAAAAAAAAAAAGGUUUCUGAUAAAAACCACUUUGAAAUUAGCGAAUUAAAAGAAAUCUCACUGACGCAAGUCCACGAAUCAAAAAAUUUCACAUCAUUAAUUAUGAAUAAUCAGUAGAGUGAUGUCACAAGUGAUUAAAAGUGGGCGACCUACAGAGGAUCAAGAUACUAUUCACUGUUGUGAAGGGACGCUUCAGGUAACAAGUACUUCCUUAGUUCUUUUAAUAUUCUAAACAGCAUCAACUGUAAUUUUGCGCAGAGUAAUUUGCAUCUAUACAUUUUAAAAUAAUCUACAAGACACGCCUUUCCGUGGGAAAAGCCUGCACCAUGAGGACGAACCCCCUUCAAAAUGAGUUGACGCUGCUCGUGGCAAACCGGGCCUUAUUUACUUUAAGGGAAAACAGAGAUGAUUGCUACACGUAUAUUGUUGCAAACGUCCACCCUUAACACCUUGUUCUUUUCUUUACAGGGCACAAAAUGAGUCUGCCUUUUGCUCUUUUACUGACAGCCCUAGUGGCUGCUUCAGCGACCGCCAAAUCAAUUCCAAAAGAAAGUAAGUGAAUAAGUCGUAGACUUCUUAAGACUUAACUACAAUUACUAUCUUUUCAUUCCAAAGCUUUUGGGAGCACAUGUAAUUUAGUCUGAGCUUUUCAUUCUGAAAAUAAAAUUCAUGCAUGAUUUGAUCACUGGGAUAAAUUCUCUCAAAAGCGUUUUCAGGCACGUGGUUAUUAUUUAUAAAUAAAUGUAGAUCACAAUUAUGUAAACAUCAUUUUAUGAAGCAGCCUUAAUCACUUCAACUAUUUGUCAAAUUUCAUCUUGACCAUUAUCUCUCAAAGCAUAAUUUCCCUAUCAACACUGAAAUUUCAUUAGGAUCGUAUUGAUUUUUAUUUCAAUAUUUAACUUUUAGAGAGAAAGAAUUCAUAAACUAUAAAAAAAAUCUUUCUCAAUUUCAUACUAACAGUUCACUAAAAUGAUAUAUUUUACGGGAUGGACAAGAUCGCAUAGGUUUCAUUAAAGAUUUUGUUGAUAGUAAUUUUUUUUUUGAUAGUUACAAGCAGGUUUCAAUCACUACCCGCAAGAAAAAAGUCCAAAGAAAAAUCAUCUGUAAUUAAUAUAUAUGAAGCGCGAUACGCCUGCAGAGAGGAAUAAAGAUUGGUUAUUUGACUAGCAGGCCAAGCAUUUUACUUAAUCAUUCUGUGAGUAAAUGAAAUUUAACCUUAUCACAAAGCGCUUUAACUUGAGCAAUACCACAAUAUACCAUUUGUAGGAGUUAAAAGGCACAGAUAUGGGUUUAUAAAAAUAAUAUUAAAUAUCUGAGGUGACAAUUAUCGUUUAUAGGCUGUGCUCGUUUAACUACCAUUAUAUCUUUUCAGGUGCAAAGAGGUGCUGUCCACCUCAAGCCUCCUCUACCUGCACGCUCCUUCCUCCGUGCCCAAGCCCACCACCACCACCGCCACCUCCUGGUCCCUCCGGACCACCUGGACCUCCAGGGCCCCCAGGACUUGUAGGAUGUGCAGGCAGUCCUGGAAUGGCCGGCUGUGCCGGAAUGAAGGGCGAACCAGGACCACCUGGACUUCUAGGACCCCCAGGGACUCCUGGACUACCUGGUAAAGCUGCUCUCCCUGGGCCACCUGGACCACCCGGAUGUAUGGGAUCAGCCGGUGCAGCCGGUUGUCCCGGCUUUAAAGGUGCCCCUGGUGCAAUAGGUCCACCCGGUCCACCAGGACUUCCAGGAAAGGCUGCCCUACCAGGACCACCAGGACCAGCAGGAUGUAGAGGGGCACCCGGUGCUCCUGGCUUCCCAGGAUGUAAAGGCGCCCCUGGACCAAUGGGGCUUCCUGGUCCUCUCGGACCUGCUGGAAAACCUUCUUUACCUGGGCCACCCGGACCACCUGGAAGCAUGGGACCUCCUGGUACUCCAGGAUGCAUGGGUUUGAAGGGAUGUCCAGGAGCUGCAGGUGCCCCCGGACUUGUGGGACCUGUUGGCCCUCCUGGACCACCUGGACCACCCGGACCCCCAGGAUCAGCUCCUGCACCGUGUGCUAGUACCUGUGGUGGAGGGUGUUGCUAG